CACAGGCGGCAACGCAGCCGCCCCACACCGCGCACACAGGCUCGGGCAGCAGCAGCAGCAGCGGCCGCCGCCACCAGGCAUGGCACAGGGCUCCGCCUCGCCAUGGCAGCAGCAGCGCGACACAGCACCCUGGACUUCCUGCUCAGCGCCCCAGCUGAUUGCAAUGCCGUUCUUAAAGGUCUACAGCCUGUUUUUCAAGAGCAGGGAAUGACAGAAACAAUUCAUAACUGGGAGGAUCAUGGUUACUUAGCAACUUACAUCAACAAAAAUGGAAGUUUUUCCAAUCUGAGAAUUUACCCUCAUGGAUUAGUAUUGGUGGAUCUCCAGAGUCACAGCGAUGAUAUGAAAGGAAGAGAUGAAAUUGAUCAUCUACUAAAUAAGAUAGAAGAAAAAAUGAAGGAGUUGUUUCACAGCGGUAUCAAAAGGGUAAAGCGAUUGCCAACAAUUGUGAGAGGAGAAGCCAUUGAUAGGUACUGGCCCACGGCUGAUGGGCGUUUGGUAGAGUAUGAUAUAGAUGAGGUUGUUUAUGAUGAAGAGUCGCCUUAUCAGAAUAUUAAAAUUCUACAUUCGAAACAGUUUGGGAAUAUUCUUAUCCUCAGUGGGGAUGUUAAUCUGGCAGAGAGUGACCUGGCAUAUACACAAGCCAUAAUGGGCAGUGGGAAAGUAGACUACACUGGGAAAGAAGUGCUGAUCCUAGGAGGUGGUGAUGGGGGUAUACUGUAUGAAAUAGUCAAACUGAAACCAAAGAUGGUCACCAUGGUGGAGAUUGACCAAAUGGUGAUCGACGGGUGUAAAAAAUACAUGCGUAAAACAUGUGGAGAUGUCUUAGACAAUCUUAAAGGAGAAUGCUAUCAGGUUCUAAUAGAAGACUGUGUUCCUGUACUGAAGAGGUAUGCCAAAGAAGGAAGGAUGUUUGAUUAUGUAAUUAAUGAUCUGACAGCUGUUCCAAUCUCUACAUCUCCUGAAGAAGAUUCUACGUGGGAGUUUCUACGAUUGAUUCUUGACCUUUCAAUGAAAGUCCUGAAACAUGAUGGAAAAUAUUUCACGCAGGGAAACUGCAUCAAUCUGACUGAAGCCUUGACCCUCUAUGAAGAACAGCUCGGCAGGCUUUAUUGCCCUGUGGAGUUCUCAAAGGAAACAGUGUGUGUACCCUCAUACAUGGAAUUAUGGGUAUUCUACACUAUUUGGAAGACAAGAACUGAAGUGUGAAGAUCAAGAUAUUCUAAUUGUGUGCUGCAUGAAGCAUACAGGCUCGCCGCGUGCUGCGUAUUGGCAUCUUGAACCUUUAAAUUAUAUGCUGUAGAUGAUCCUGAAACUUAGUCUUGCUAUUGAUUGUGAAUUCUUUAAAUGUUUUUUAUUAUUAUUUUAAUUUAAAAGCAAAUGGAAAAUGUAUAUUUUGAUGAGGUAGGGUGUUAUUUUUGAAAGUCAACUUAAAGAUGAAUUAGCAGCAAAACUAUAGCUGCUGAAUGCACUGAACCUUUAGAAUGUGAUCCUUUUUAUUUUUUUGUAGAUCUUCACAAACUGAUUAAAAAAAGACAUCUUUAGCAUUUCAUUCCUGAGAGUAGUCCAUGUAUUUUUUUUCCCCAGAUAUUAACUCCCUUAUAGAUUAUGGUGCUUUUAAAGGAUGGCGGGUUUCUCUUAAGUGAAUACCACAGUGCUUCCAUUACAGAAAAUGUGAAGGGCAUAACUUUUUUUAAAGAAUACCCUAUGUCCUUAGUUAUAAAGGGAAGGAGCUAGUUUGAGGUUUCAUUUGUUUACACCUUAGUUUCAUUCAUCAUGCUACUGUAGUCUCCUCAGCAGACAAAGCUCUGACCUGUCACCACUUAGAAUUACUUAGCCCUGUCACAUUUAUGAGUUUGAUUUUAAUAUGGAUUAAGAGUAGGUUAUAGAGGCAUUUUCAGCACCAUAACUUUCCCACCAGUAUGUGGGAUGUUGAAAUGUGUAAUGAGGCUUCUAGUAGGCAGAUACUCCUUACUUAGCUUUAUGGCAGAACAUUAUGUCCAUAGAGAAUGAAAGUCGCGUAAAAGGGAAGACGAGAGAAAGUGAUUUAGAUCCUUGUGCAUUCAUAUUUUAUGUGUGUUUAGUGUAUUCACUUCACUAGGUUAAACUCUGAUCAUAUGGAUUCAGGUGUCCACAGUGACACUAAUUCAGGAUUAGGCCCAGACAUAGUAUUCACUGGUAAGUCAAAAUUCCAACGGAAGGAAGAUUGCAUUAUUUUUUGUGGGAUUUUUUAAAGAAAAAUUUUUCUUCCCUUCAAUAUUUCUGCACAUUAUGUGAAAUUAUAUUUUUGUAAAAGCUUGCCAUUUACCGAUUGCCAGCUUUAUUGUAAGCAGAACAUUAAAAAGAUUCCACCUCAGAGGAGGUAAGAAGUCUAACCCUUUGGUAUGUCUGAGAGAAUAAAAAAAUGCACUGUCCCUCUCCCUGAGUAUCCAACAUCGUGGACCAAAAUGAGACUAUCUUUAAACACCAGGUUUCCUAUGUACUGUAGUUUGAGGCAAAGUGGUGUCCCCCCUCCCUGCCAUUAAUAAUGAAUUAAGAUUAUCAAAUAACUAGUUUUCCUAUUAUUACACUCUGAAGAAACAGUAUAACUGAUGUGUUCUAUCAUAUCUGGCAAAACUACUAAUGAACUGUAAGUAGCCUCUGAAGAAAUCCAAAAGGAUAUUAGUUAGAACCCUUGCAAAGAAAUCCCCUUUGCUCUUCACUUGGUGUAUAUUAUUGUAUGUAUGAUUAUGCUAUUAGAGAGACCACUUUAACUUGGGAAGCUAAGAGUAGGUCUAUACUACCCGCCGGAUCGGCGGGCAGUGUUUGAUGUAUCGGGGAUUGAUUUAUCACGUCUUGUCUGGACACGAUAAAUCGAUCCGCUAAUCGAUGCCUGUACCCCACCUCGGCAGGAGGAGUAAGCGGCGUCGACGGCAGAGCCGCGCCAGUCAACUCACCGCCGUGAGGACGGCCAGGUAAGUCGAACUAAGAUACUUCGACUUCAGCUACGCGAAUAGCGUAGCUGAAGUUGUAUAUCUUAGCUCGACCGCGCGCCCCCCCCUUCCCCCCGCUAGUGUACCCCAGGCCUAAGUGAAGUUCUUUGUAUUCCCUGUUCUAAUUUACUGCUUUAAGUGAUUGCAAGCAGCAUUACUUAUUUCAUACACUUGGGGCCAAAUCACUGCUUGAUUUACAGCCUGUGCAGUCCAUCAACUCUUAAAGAAUAGUCUCCUUGUAGGAAAGUGGAAAGAGCCUUCUGGUCCCUAGGCAUUCAUGGCAGUGUCACAUCCAGAGCACAGAACAUUGUAGUGAUCGUACUGCUAGACCCUGAGCAGUUGUAAUUAUGCAUUUGUGGCUGAAGGUUGAAGUCAGUGGGAUUAUAUGUGGGGUGAAAACUAAGGCCUUGAUCCUGCAAAAACACAUGUGCUUAACUUCACAUGCCUGAGUAGCACCGUUGACUUGGUUGUGAUGACUCAUGUGAGUAAUGUUAAGUGUGCAUGCAUGGAUGCACACAGGAUUGAGGCUUAAAAUAGCCUGUCUCUCCAUGUUUGGAGUGAUUCUACCCCCCCCCCCCCCAGCUUGUGGAUUAGAACAUGAUCUUAUACACUUGAUAGGUUUGUAGCGCCAAGACUAUUGCUUUGUUUUGCAUAGAUAUGUGGAAUUAGGGCUGUUUGAAAGUGGAAAGAUGCUGUGAAAUCAGUCCCUGGAAUGUUCAGUGCGGGAGAGGAGUCCUAAAUUGGUGGGUGAUAGGGAGGUGAGAGGAAACCUUUGUUUUGUAAGCUGAUCAGUACAUAUGACAAUUUUCUUCUUAUAUUGAUAUUGUGAAAAGAGGGUAGGGAGUGUAACUAUUUUGUUUUGGAAUGUUUUUAUGUAGACUUUCUUAAAGUGAUAGAUGUAAUAGAAAACAGACUGGCAAACACUGAACACUGCUGUUUUUCUCUUUACAUUACUACCUUGGGUAAAGCACUGUCAUUUGUUAUUUAUUUGUUUUUGCUGUAGUGUAAACUUAAACAAAAUCAGCUUCAUGUGAAUGUCAGAUGAAACUUGCUAUAGUUCAACAACACCUUACCUUUAAAGCCAGUUGGGACAUAGUUACGAGUGCCUCACUACACAUGGAAACGGAAUGAAAAAAUUGUUUUUAUUCUUUGCACUAAACGCUGCUUCCACCAAGAAAUGUGAUUAAAUAUUUAAAAACUUGAUUGGUAGUAAUUUGACUGUGGUGAAAGAAGACUGCUGGCAUUGUAUCUACUGCACGAGUGCAGUGCACAUGUUAAAAUAAAGGUACACUCUUAUUAUCUGUA